UUUUUUUUUAAAUUUAAAAAAGAAAAAAGAAGAAAAGAGAGAGAGAGACUCACAAAUCAUAAUAUCUCCUUCAUUAACUCAUAAUCACUUUAAAGAACAUUGGAAUCAGAUUCAUUACAUAGGGAUUGAUAUGGAAAAGUCAAACCAACCAGUUCAUGUAACCUUGUCCGAAUUGAAGGACGGAGAUAAAGAAAUCGUUGAUGCUGAAUUUUUGGUUGAUCUUCUUGAGAGCUAUAGAUUUGGUAAAGAUAAUGUUCCCGCCCGAGAAUUUCGAUCCAAGGCGGCAGCGACGGCUCCGGCGCCGGUCAACACCACCGAGAUAGAGUUGGAAGAGGAUAAUGAUGGAUCUCAAGCUCAAGGUAACAAUUCUGUUAGUGAAAGUACAUCAUCGCUAUUUUCCGAUUCAGAUCCAAUAGUACUUGAGAGUACUGUGAGCGAAACCGGUUCAAACGAAGAAUCUGAAACCGGUUCAAACGAAGAAAAUGGUAAUAAUUGGUUAGAGUCGAGCUCCACAAACUUGCCAAAUGUAGAGAACAAAAGGCAACGGAAUGGAGAAGAUUGUGAGAUAGAAGAGGAAGAAGAAAAUAACGAGAGAUCAUUAUCGGAUUCAGAAGAGAAGUCAAACCUAGAGAAGUUGCUUGGGACACAAGAAAACUAUGAGCUUGGAAAUGAGGAUGAAGAAAAGAACGAGAGAUCAUCGUCAGAUUCAGAAGAGAAGUCAAACCUAGAGAAUUUGCUUGCGACACAAGAAAACUACGAGCUUUACUGUCCUAGCUGUAGCACAUGUAUCACCAGAAAUGUGGUUCUCAAGAAAAGAAAACGAGGGAAGCACGUUAAUUCAUCUCUGGAUCUGAAACCCGAUAUACCGGUUGUUGAACCGGACGAACCAAGCGACAUUGAGGAGAUGGAAUCACCAGUUAAGGUUUAUGUCCCUGAGACUCGGAUUGAGGAUGAUCAAGAAGAUAAAGAGGGAACUAUCUUUACUUGCUUGGUUUGUGAUCUAAAGUACUUCAUCCGGUUAGGAACAAAGUUCUUACAACUUGAUUAUAUCAGGGGAAAACCGGUUGAGAAAUCAGUUGAAGAAUAUAUAGAUGUGAGGAAGAGUAUAAACACCACACAAUCACCACCACAAAUUCAACCGGACGGAGAAAGAUUCGCCAUUGAGUUGUUAAAGAGCACCGUCUACGGCGGUCUCACUGAGACCAUCACCAGCCUCGGCGUUGUAUCAUCUGCUUCUGCCUCUGGUUCCUCCACCAUGAAUAUAUUGGCUCUUGCUGUCGCAAAUUUGGCCGGUGGGCUCAUCGUCCUCGCUCAAAACUUUCAAGAUCUAAGAAACAGUUCAGAUCAAGAGAAAGAUAGGUACGAGGAAUUGUUAGGGAGACGUACUAAAUCCCGGAUACAUAUCUUAGUAGCGGUCAUGUCUUACAUUUUCUUCGGCCUAAUUCCUCCGUUAGUUUACGCAUUUUCCUUCUACGAAACCGGAAUCAAGAACUACAAGCUCAUCUCGGUUUUCUUGGGUUCUCUGGUUUGCGUAAUUUUGCUCGGUUCGAUCAAGGUCUAUGUCCGAAAACCAACCAAUUCAUGUGGAUCGACUAAAGCUUAUCUCAAAUCUGCGGCUUAUUAUACGUCUAUUGUUGUUGCUUCUUGCGGAAUCUCAUACGUUGUCGGAGAUAUUAUGGGAGAGUAUAUCGAGAAGCUCAGUUUGGUUGGUUUAGACCAGAUCAGUAUAACUUCACCAUGUUAUGGAAUUAAACCCGAGGAGUGCCGGUUUACUUCCUUUUAAUAUACAGUGGGACUAAGAACCGGUCUGACCAACGUUGUAUAAUUUCUGUUCUAAUUACUUACUAAAUCUCUGUAUCUUUUCUAGUAAAAAAUCAAAACUAAUGCUUUCAUAGAAUAAAUGUGUUUUGAGGUUUUUCUUU